AUGGUUUGUUGUGGUUCCAUAGAAGUAGAAGAUCAAAGAAUAAAGAAACCUUAUUUAGGAGGAUGGAAACACAAAUUUACCCAAACAGAGUAUUUAAAUGCCGAAUCGCAAACAGAUCCACCAAAAAAGCCAGAAAUAGAAAAGUGCAGCAAAGGGGUGCAAUAUAUUUCUUGGUCAGAUGUAUGUACACAAACACCAUGCGAUCAUCCAACACAAAUGUGGCGAUCAGAUUAUUUUAUAUCGAGCGAAUCGGAUAAAUAUAUAACAUCAAAACCCUAUGAAACAUACGAAGAAAUGAUGAAACGACUGGAUUACGAUGGAAAGGCACGAAUUAUCCAAAGGAACUAUAGAGUAUACAAAUUGCUGAAAUAUAUCAAAGAAUACGCGAGGCAAUAUCGAGAGUUGGUCAAAGGAUGUAAGUUGUACGAAGCAGAAAAGAUAAUGUUAUACAGGAAGAGGCAUCAGCAGGAGAUCCUUCGAAGAAUGAAUCCCAGAACUCGGCUGGAUUUCGAUUUGUUAUAUGAUUUGGUUGAAAAAUGGAGACGCGACCGCCUUGAAUGUGCGAAGCUACGUUUCUUUAGACCCGCGAGAUGCGCAGAAAAUCACAGAAUCUUGGAGAAGACCAUAGAAAUGUUGAAUGUAAUCGACGAGAAGAGACAGGCGGUGAAGAGAAGGUACAGGAAGCAGAAACUCGUGAAAUUUGUUACGGUGAAUUGCAAGCCUAUUUUGUGGAACGGUUGCAAGAACAAGCUAUUGGAAAUGGACACGAUGCGAAACCAGAAGGCGAGGGAAUUGAAGAUGAUUUACGAUUCGUUAAUGAAUUAUAAUGUUACUCGCGGCGAACGCAUAGAGAUGCUCACGAUGCUGAAGAAAUCAUUGGAGAUGCACAACUGCGUGCCUGCGUUUCAUCUGAUACGACUAUUGGACGAGGAGCUGACCUACUUGGCAAGAGAGAUGAAAAGCAUGUCGCUGGGCUACUUCCGCGAAAGGAUAGAGAUUUUGGCUUGGACGUUCCAAGUUGGCAGAAGAAUUGCUAAUAAAACUUCUUCCUUUCUUCUCUUUGACGAUGCAGACAGUUACUUGAAGUUUUUACGGACAUCACAUUCGUGCUGUUGCGCGAACAACGAUAGAGACUUUUGUAAGAAUGUAGACGAUGAAAAAUUGCGAGAACCGAUCGAACCUACGACGAAAUUAUGUCACAGUUGUUUGAAAUUGCUUCCUAUUCGUCAAUUCACUACUCAUGGAAGGAUGAAAAGGCUGUCUACUUGCGUUGGAUGUACUUGGCUGCGUGAACGAAAUAUUAGACAUGUGAACUACGAUCCUUACGUAUUUCUGCUAGACUGUGUGCGUCGCGAGGAGAUAAAAAGAAGAUCACCCUCAGCCAUUGCGUUUAUGAUGCAAAAGCAGGAUAUGUGCCAUUUGGUGAACAAUAUUUGGCAUGGCCAGUCGGUCGUUAGCGAAAACAGAGAUCUGUUUCUAUUGCGAAUCGUUCGAUACGACGUGAACGAGGAAUGGUCACCGUGGAAUUGCAUGCUUUUGACCGAGGAUGAGGCUGACGUUCAUUGCAGGAUCAAGAAUCUCGCGGACGUAUACUCGAAGCCACUUAUCGAGAAGAUCCUGUUGUCUCAUCAGUUAGCGAAAAACCAAUUUAAGCAUCUGAGACAGUUCGAGAAGGAGUUUCGAGAAAAGUUUCAUAAAAUUGAGGACAAAGCUAUAUACAAACGAGCGAUCAAAGUGGACGAUUACAUUUUUACGUGA